AUGUUCUAUCCAACAUGUUAUGUAUAUAAAAUUGGCUCAAAUGAUGAAUCAACAACAAAUAAUGAAAAUACUUCAACAAAUAAAAAAUCUAAUACAUCAAUAACAAAAAAACCAAAAUCAACAGCAACAACAACAACAUCAAUAAAUACAACUUUAGAUAUAACAUCAAAUAAAAAUAUAAUUGAAAAUUCUUUUAUAAAAAAAUUUGCUAAUAAUUUAUUAGUUGCAACUCAACGAAAUAAUUGUAUUGAUCUUGAAAAAAAACAAGAUAAUCAACAAAAUGAUAUAUGUUUAACAAUUAAUGAUCCAGUUAAUCAUCAUUUAUGUCAAUCUAAUCAAACUUUAUCAAUAAAUGCACGUUCAUCACCAUUUAUUCCAUUUCAUCGUCGUCCUCAAUCAAUUGAAAAUCAUGAUACUCUAAUCGAAUCAACAUCAUCUUCAAGAGUAACAACAAAUACUCAAUUAACAACUAAUGAAAAACCAGCUGAUUGGACAGCAUCAACACCAAAUAGUGUUGGUGGUAUUACAGCACCAAAUCCAAUAUCAACACGUGGUAUUAAACGUUCAGCAACAAAAGCAUUUGAUGAAACAUUUAUUGAAGAUGAUGAACCAGAACAACAAAAACAAACAUAUCAUUUUUAUCGAAGUGAUUCAUUUUUGCAAUUACCUUUAAAACGUUUUCGAACUGAUGAUCAAUUAAAUUUGAAUGAGUUUGAAUCAACAAUAACAACUUGUGAACAUGUUUAUCAACAUGGUCAACCUACACCUCCUAGUCCUAGUCAAAUAUCAUUUCAUGUACGAUGA